CGCGGUCACCUUUGCACCGGAAGUGAUUGAAGCUAGCUCCAGUGGAAUACCGCUUGCUGACUUUUAUACUCCGCAUGUGUAUAAGUGUCCCAAGUUCUUGAAAUUAGCUCUGCAGUCAUUGCCUGUCCUGCCAUAGACACGUGAUCAAUGACGGCUUUGGUCAGCCAUGGCUGUCGUGUCAUGGAAGGAGAUUUUACUUUUGACUGGACUGGUGGCGGGAUGUUACUGGAAUAGUCUGUGGUGCGGCUUUGUGUUUGAUGAUGUCUCAGCAAUCCUUGACAACAAGGACCUACGACCCUCAACCCCUCUCCGCAACCUGUUCCUCAAUGACUUCUGGGGUACGCCCAUGGCUGAGGAGCGGAGCCAUAAAUCUUACCGACCCCUCACCGUAUUCACCUUCCGUCUGAACUACCUCUUCAGUGAGCUGAGUGCAGCGUCGUACCAUCUGCUCAAUGUGGUUUUACACGGCGUUGUAUGCGUGCUUUUCCUGAGAGUGUGCCGACUGUUCCUGGACAAGACUUCCAGCUUGGUGGCAGCUUUGCUUUUUGCUGUGCAUCCCAUCCAUACUGAAGCUGUCACAGGUGUGGUUGGCAGAGCUGAACUUCUUUCUUCAAUCUUCCUCCUGGCUGCUUUCCUGGCUUACACAAAAUCAACAGGUGCAGAUCACUCCAUAGUGUGGGCUCCCAUCGCUCUGACAGUUGUUCUAGUGGCUGCCGCAACACUGUGUAAGGAACAGGGAAUCACUGUCGUCGGCAUCUGCUGUGUCCAUGAAGUGUUUGUUGCACAAGGGUUCACCUUACCCAUGCUGCUAGAUACACUGCGACAAGUCCUGCAGGGUAAAGAUGGUUUCCCCUAUGCGGUCCUGCAAACUCUGCUGAAGCUCAUUGUCCUCAUCAUUAGCACCCUGCUGCUUGUCAUCAUCAGGGUCCAAGUCAUUCAGUCCCAGCUUCCUGUCUUCACCAGAUUUGAUAACCCAGCAGCUGUCAGCCCCACCCCCUCUAGACAACUCACUUUCAACUACCUACUUCCUGUGAAUGCAUGGCUUCUGCUGAAUCCCUCAGAGCUCUGCUGUGACUGGACAAUGGGCACCAUCCCUCUGGUGGAGUCAGUACUAGACCUGCGUAACCUGGCCACACUGGUGUUCUACACUUUUUUGGGCCUGCUAGCUUACCACAGCCUGCGCUACAGACACAGCUCUGCCAAGACUGUCAUCAUGGCCCUGUCUUUGAUCGUGCUGCCUUUUAUUCCUGCGUCCAACCUAUUCUUCCCUGUGGGUUUUGUCGUAGCAGAGAGGGUACUUUAUGUGCCCAGUAUGGGCUUCUGUGUUCUUGUUGCACAUGGGUUCAAGAUUGUCAUGCAUAAAGGCCACUUGAAGAAGGUCUCCUGGUUGAUGAUUGGAGUGCUUUUAACUACACAUGCAGUGAAAACAUUCAACAGGAAUUGGGACUGGGAGUCAGAAUACACUCUAUUUACCUCUGCCCUGAAGGUCAACAAGAACAAUGCUAAGUUGUGGAACAAUGUUGGCCACGCUCUAGAGAAUCAAAACAAUUACGCAAAAGCUCUGCGAUAUUUUCUCCAGGCCACUCGAGUUCAGCCAGAUGACAUUGGUGCUCACAUGAAUGUUGGAAGAACCUACAAGAACUUGAACAAGUCCAAAGAGGCAGAAGAUGCAUACUUGGUUGCCAAAUCCCUCAUGCCACAGGUUAUUCCUGGUAAGAAGUAUGCAACACGUGUGGCCCCUAACCAUCUGAACGUCUACAUAAACCUGGCCAAUCUGAUUCGGGCCAACGAAUCACGCCUAGAAGAGGCUGACCAGCUCUACCGACAAGCAAUCAGCAUGAGACCAGACUUCAAACAAGCCUACAUUAGCAGAGGGGAGCUACUGCUAAAGAUGAACAAGCUAACUGAGGCCCGGGACGCCUACCUCCGAGCCUUGGAGCUUGACCGCGCCAACGCUGACCUGUGGUACAACCUGGCUAUCGUAAACAUUGAGAUGAAGGACCCAUCAGAAGCCCUGAAGAACUUCAACCACGCCUUGGAACUAAACCCACGCCACAAGCUGGCACUCUUCAACUCAGCACUUCUCAUGCAGGAGUCUGGUGAGCCAAAGUUCUGGCCUGAGGCUAACCGUCGUUUCCUCACCUAUGUGGAGGAGGAGCCUGAAGAUGCCAACGGCUACUUCAACCUCGGCAUGCUGGCUAUGGAUGCCAAUGAAAAUGCAGCAGCUGAACGGUGGAUGCGUAAAGCCAUUGGUUUGCAGGCCGGUUUCCGCAGUGCCCUGUUUAACCUGGCAUUGCUUUACUCUCAGUCCAAACGCGAGAUGGAUGCACUGCCUGUGUUGGACGAGCUGCUGCACCACCACCCAGAACACAUCAAGGGUCUGAUUCUGAAGGGAGACAUCCUCAUGAACCACAAGAAGGACACCCGUGGUGCUAAAGCCUGCUUUGAGCGCAUUUUACGCAUGGACCCUACCAACGUGCAAGGCAAGCACAACUUGUGCGUGGUAUACUUUGAGGAGCGUGACCUGCCACGGGCCGAGCGCUGCCUGGAGGAAACACUGGCCCUAGCACCAAACGAGGAGUAUGUGCGCCGUCACUUAAGUAUUGUGCGAAGUAAAAUGGCUGCUAUGAGUGCAGCCGGGCAACCGCUUACUGCAGCAGAGGGCGCUACCAUGACAGCUAAGGAAGAAAAGCCCAAGAGCGUUAAGGAGGGGGCAGAAGAGGUUACUGAGGGUGAGAAGGAAGGGAGGGGUGCUGAUGCUGGAAAGGGGGCUGGGGAUGAGAAGAAUGUGCGGAAAUCCUCUACAGAACGCCUCGGAGGUGUGGGCGUGGACCAAUCAGAGUCUUUGGACAGUAGCCAGUCUGACAAGCGGACUAAGGGUAAGUCCACUAAAGAGAUUAAAGAUAUAGAGAAAAAAAGGGCAGCUGCCUUGAAGAGACUAGAGGAGAUUGAGCGCAUAUUAAGUGGUGAUUGACAUUGUUGCAAUUUAUAGCUGGACUACUUUUAUAGAGCUCUUUAAUGCUCCAGGGUAAGACUGCAUUUUCCCUCUUAGAAGUAUGUAUUCUUAAUCAACUGCCAUUUUAUUUCUUUGAUUUAAUCAUGUCUUUGCAGGCCGCUCAGCAUGGUCCUGUUGUUCCAACACUAAUUAUAUAAAGAAGGGAAAUGUUGAUCUGCACAGAGAAACUCCUGUAACAAAAAGCACAAAAGCCAGUUUGGAAUCAUCUAUUAAAAGCUUAUGGCAGAUGUAGAUGCCAAUGUGUGUGCUUCAUCUGAAUGUGAUUUCACAUAUCAUAGAUCUUCAGUAGUUUGUUUUGUUUUUCCAUGUGUAGUCAUUGUUUAUCACUGGAUUUUUUUAUCACUAAGAUAUGACUCACUUCUGUGUGUUAUUGUUUUUAAAAACAGAAUGAUUGUAUUACGGACAAUUAAAGGAAAUGACGUGUUCCCCA